CCUGGUCGGAAAUGCAAAAGAGAAGACUCAUCAAGGUGGAACAUUUUUUCUUUUUGCGCGUCUUGUUUUUUCGUUAAUUUUAGUCACUUAACUCAACCGAAGCCUCGACGACGUGUCUGGCAUUAGCCACAUGACGGACUCAAACAUCAGUCUUCAAGUCUCAGCACUCGUUGAAGGUUUGCGACCUACUUUAGCCUAGCCUAGCUGGCCAACCGCUAACAAAGCUGCAAGGCACGUCGUCAAGCGUUCAGUAAAUGUCCGGCAGAACGACGCCGGCUGCAGUAAAGUUCGAGGUGGUAAAAGAGGAGCCCCCACGUCACAAGGACUCGACUGUGUGACAAAUAAUGCACGCAAAGGUUCUUCACAGAUUAGAAGGAGUCUGAGGAGGAAUAAGAGUCACUAUACGUCAAGAACGUAGAGGAAGAAUUCGUUCACAUUAAAGAGGAACAGGAGGAGUAUUUCAUUGAAAUGGAGAACACCCAAAUUGAGAAGCAGCAGCAACCGCAUCCCCUCAAAAAGGGGGAAGAGCACCCUCCAUAUGUUAAAGCGGAGGUGAUGGAAAUCCCCAUGUGGACUGGUGAGCCCUUGAAGGGUGAAGAUGGAGGUCCGAGUGAGGCCAGCACAGGGGCAGAGCCUCCGUCUGGCAGCAGGAGCAGUUCAAAAGAAGGAUUCCAAGCUGACAACCUCUUCGUUCGACCAGCAGAGAGUGACGACUUCACAUCACACUCGCUGUUCUGUUUCAGGAAAUAUCUUGGUCCUGACGCUCAACAGCUUAAGAGAGAAGUACAACUUCCAAUCAAAAAGGAGGAGGUAGAGCUGCUAUACGUUAAAGAGGAGGACAAUAUCACCAUGUCGAGUGGAUUCAGCAAAUAUCUUGGUCCUGAGUGGCAGGAGUCUGAGUCUCCUGCCAUUAAAGAGGAAUUGGAGCACCUGCAAAUGAAACGGGAAGAGCCAGAGCACCCUCAACAGCAAAAGAGAGCAGUACAACUUCCAGUCAAAAAGGAGGAGGUAGAGCUGCCAUACGUUAAAGAGGAGGACAAUAUCACCAUGUCGACUGGUGAGCCCUUGAAUAGCGAGGAUGGUCCAAGUGAGGCCAGCAGAGGGACGGAGCCUCCAAGCAGCAGCUCAACGGAAGGACGGCAAGCACACUCACCUUACAAAGAUGGUCAGAAGAAAUCUCACUGUGGGAAAACCUUUGCUAAUAACUAUACUUGUCGUAUGCAUAUGAGCAGCCACACUGAUGAAAAACCCUUUUCCUGCUCAGAUUGUGGUAAAAAAUUCACUCAGAAGAAAAACUUAAAAGUACACACAAGAACCCACACUGGUGAAAAACCCUUUUCCUGCUCAGAUUGUGGUAAAAAAUUCUCUGAAAAAGGCGCCAUGAAAAAACACACAAGAACCCACACUGGUGAAAAACCCUUUUCCUGCUCAGAUUGUGGUAAAAAAUUCUCUGAAAAAAGCUCCUUAAAAAAACACACAAGAACCCACACUGGUGAAAAACGCUUUUCCUGCUCAGAUUGUGGUAAAAAAUUCUCUGAAAAAGGCAACUUGAAACAACACGCAAGAACCCAUACUGGUGAAAAACCUUUUGUCUGCUCAGUUUGUGGUCAAGGGUUCAGUAGCAAGAGCGAUUUAAACAAACACACAAGAACCCACACUGGUGAAAAACCUUUUGUCUGCUCAGUUUGUGGUCAAGGGUUCAGUAGCAAGAGCGUUUUAAACAAACACACAAGAACCCACACUGGUGAAAAACCUUUUUCCUGCUCAGAUUGUGGUAAAAAAUUCUCUGUAAAAGGCGUCCUAAAAGUACACACAAGAACCCACACUGGUGAAAAACCUUAUACUUGCUCAGUUUGUGGUCAAAAAUUCACUCAGAAGAGAAACUUAAGAGUACACACAAGAACCCACACUGGUGAAAAACCUUUUUCCUGCUCAGAUUGUUGUAAAGAUUUCUCUGUAAAAGGUGCCUUGAACAGACACACAAGAACCCACACUGGUGAAAAACCUUUUUCUUGCUCAGACUGUGGUAAAAAAUUCACUCAGAAGAAAAACUUAAAAAUACACACAAGAACCCACACUGGUGAAAAACCCUUUUCCUGCUCAGAUUGUGGUAAAAAAUUCUCUGAAAAAGCCAACUUGAAACAACACGCAAGAACCCAUACUGGUGAAAAACCUUUUGUCUGCUCAGUUUGUGGUCAAGGAUUCACUCGAAGUGACCACUUAACCGUACACACAAGAACCCACACUGGUAAAAAACCCUUUUCCUGCUCAGAUUGUGGUAAAAAAUUCUCUGUAAAAGGCGCCCUAAAAGUACACACAAGAACCCACACUGGUGAAAAACCUUUUUCCUGCUCAGUUUGUGGUCAAGGAUUCACUCGAAGUGACCACUUAACCGUACACACAAGAACCCACACUGGUAAAAAACCCUUUUCCUGCUCAGAUUGUGGUAAAAAAUUCUCUUUAAAAGGCGCCUUGAAAAACCACACAAGAACCCACUGGUGAAAAACCGUUUUCCUGCUCAGAUUGUGGUAAAAAAUUCUCUUUAAAAGGCGCCUUGAAAAACCACACAAGUACCCACACUGGUGAAAAACCUUUUUCCUGCUCAGAUUGUGGUCAAGGAUUCGCUCGUUUAGACACCUCAAAAAACCACACAAGAACCUAC